UAAUGAGUUUCCAAAAGGUGAUAUUAAAUAAUAUUAGGCAUUGGGAAAUUAUUAAGAGUAUUCUAAGUAUGAAUUAGUUUUUGAUAAGGGUAAUUUGGGUUUGACAGAUUAUUAAGUACAAAAGAUAUUGAGGGAGCAGUUCCUGGAAGUUUAUAAAGUUAAGCAGUUCGAAAUUAAGAGAUUGCUAAAAAGUUAAGAUUAGAAAGAGAAAUAUAAAAUAAAUCUUAUAAUCAUUCUUAAAUUGAUGAAUUCACAAAAGAAGAAAAUUAUUUAUAUUCUGGAAGAGAUAGAUCAAAUACAUUUUAAACAAGUUGCUUUUAAAGUAUGAAUUUAAAGUAUUAAUUUAUAGAAAAUUCUGAGAAAUCAUCAUAAUUACCACCUAUAGAGAGAAUAUCAGAUACAGUAGAUCAUGUAGCUAAUAAACUUUAAUUAAGAUAGCCUCGUAAAAGUUUAUAAUUGGAAGACUUCAGAUUAAAAAAUAAAUAAGCAUUAUUAAGAAUAUUUAUUUGA